CAUUUGUUACACUGGGUAAAUGUCACCACAUAACCUAAAAAAAUUAUUGUUUAUUUUGGUUUUAUUUUAUUUAAUUUGAGAUAGACUCCCGUUAAUUAUUAGCGUAUUUCAACACGUUUUUACUUUAAAAACGAAAACCAUCAUGUUUAAAAUACUGUGUUGCACAACAUUCUUGUGACCUGAGUUCCAACUCUCACAUAAUCCGCCUUGCAUAUUAUCUCCAAACAUGGAUGAAUUUUUCGCGGCUCUAUGGUACAAUAGACCACUUACGAUCAGUUCGCCAGGUGACAAACUCAAACUAGUUAUCCAAAAAGAUGUUUUGCAAUUUUGUGCAAGACAUCACAUUUUUGCCCUUGGCUAUUUUCAAAAUAGUUACAAAUCUGAGAGAGGCAUUAUAUUUAACACAAUAGAAGAUUUCAAUCCACAGUUGCCAGUGUCAGUAUUCAUUGGGGCCCUUAGUGAUGCUUUACCAGCUGGUUUUUUAGUUUUAGUUUUAUGUCCUGAUGAAUUAUUAGUAAAAUGGCAUUAUUAUAUGACUUGGUGCAGUCUUUUGGAAAUUCAUGUGAUUACCGAUGAAGAGGAUUUGAUUAACAUUUGCCCUGAAUCGAACACAGUACUAUUAAUAGGGUUUUCAAAUAUUAAAUUAGCACAAUUGCUUAUAGAACAAGGUUACAUGUUUCAAUCAGUGAUUAUUGAUAAAGUUGAUGAGGUUGCCACAAAACUGAUUACAAGGAAGCUACAUGGGAAAUUUAAUAUUGGAAUUACUUAUAGGAACUUUUAUACAUGCCCAGACCAAAAACUUCAGUGGUCCAUACUGAACUGGUCUAAUCCCGGAAAAGUAGGAAAAUUAUCUGAUUUCUAUGAAGUAGACAAUGACAAUUUUGCUAACUUUAGGGACAAUUACAAAGAUUUCUGGGCAAGGAUGUGCUGGGACUUUUGUGACACCUUCAAGCAACCUUCUGUGAAAAGAGAGAAGAAGCUUCUACAGCUUUUAAAAAAUUGGGCAAAAAAGCAUCAUUUGCCUCUCCAGUUAACCUCACCUAAACUGGCUUUGAACAAAAAAAGGAAAAUAGUUGAGGUUAUCUCCUCCUCUGACAGUGGCAGUGAAGAAUUAGUGGAAAAAUCUGGAAGAAAUAAUUAUGCUUCAGGUGUGGAUACCUCUGUAGAGAAAUCAGAGGAGCUUGAAGAAAAAGUUGAAGAUGUUUCUGUAAAAAGCAGUUCUAGCCUCAAAGCAGAGGUUUCAAUUGAUACUGACAGCCUGUCAAGCACAGAAGAGGACUUAAUGUCGCUAAUAGGCAUUAUACCUAAAAAAUCAACCAAAAAAUCAUCACUUAAACACAACAAAAGCAUCAUAGAUGAUCUUUUGGAAUCAAGUGACAUUUCAGACAAGCCAGGGCUUUCUUAUGUCCAACUACAAAAGUCAGAACAAACUAUUUUGAGUGCAGAAAAUGAUUUUUUAAAAGAUUUACCUACCCAAGUUGAUAAGAAUCUUAAUAAUAAUGAUGCUAAUGUUUCUAGUCAUGUAUUAGAUUUUGAUGUGGAUAGUUUAGUUUCAGAAGUGAUGGAAAUUGCCAAAAAGUGAUUUAAGUGUUUUUUUAAUUUUUAUAGUGUAAAACAUACAAGUAUUUUAUAUUUUAACAUUUUAUAUUGUUAUAGUAAUUUAAAAUUUAAAAAAAUGUUCCUUUUUAACAAUAUUUUAUAUCCAGUUUAUCUAUACCACUGUUAUAUUUUAAAUGUACUACUUAUACUAUUAUUUUAUCAGCUAAUAUAAUUCAUAAUUAAAGAAUA